AUGGCUCCCAACUUUCGUCCCAACAGGGAAACCCGCCGCGGCAAUCGGAGCGGCUACGUCGAACAUGACGACUUCGAGGGUCUGCCCGUCAGACAAUGGCGCCAGGAGUGGGUGACCAUCACGCCGCCCCCACCGCCCCACACCACCCAGAGAAACGACGUCUGGGCCAUCGAGCUUCCUCACGGCAUGCCCAGGGACUCCCAACUACUACCCCAACAUACACAAGAGCUACUGAGGGCCGCUCGCUCCGGACGCCUGUACAAGCGACCCGCGCCUGCCGAGGAGGAGGAUGCCGAUGCAGACACAAUCCUGGCUGACAAGGCAGACAAGAAGGACGAGGAUCCAACCAACAAGGGGUUUCAAGUCAAGAUCUGGAAGCAGGUCGCUCGUAAUGCCGAGGGGCCCACCGUUUCGCAUCUGGCCAAGAGGAGGAAAGGGACCGUCACCCUCUCGUCCGACCUGCCGGCUGGUGCUGCGUCGGGCGUGACCGUGACGAAAGCUACCGUUCGCCGUGUCGAUGCCGCUGGAAACCCCUAUACACAAGAGAUCACACUGAACGAGGGCCAGCAAGUCGAUGGCGAGAUAAUAGCUACCACCGUAGUGGCUGUACCCACCUCAGCCGCCAACGGAGACGCAACUGCAUCAGCGACACCAGUGCGAAGACGCCCGCCACCUCCCAAACGGAAGCCUAAGGGGCCUGGCAGGGGUCGGAAGAAGAAGGUUCCCCUGCCCCUACCUGCACGUCCCGAUCCGCCUGUCCCCGGUGUCAGCGGAGUCCCAGAAGGAAUCAAGACUGAAUCCGCCGAGGCCAACGCCGUGAAACCAGAGGACAAUGACGCGACAAAGAACCAGGACAGCGAGAUGGCCGACGACGACGAAGAAGGCGACGAUGGCGAAGACGACGGUGAGGAUGGCGAAGAGGGCGACGAAGGGGACGAGGAAGACGGUGAAGGGGAGAACGGUUCUGUUUCGCGGGCGGGGAGCGAAAUCAGGCCGGAUGGUAUGGAUGUCAGCCCGACACCUAACCAGCCCGAGAGCACCGGGCAGGAAGCCAUGGUUUCGGAUGUCUCGGGUGGUCAGAAGACACCUCUUUCCAAAGACCCUAUUUUGCCUCUAUCACAUGUCAAUCUGCCUCCUAUCCAGCCUCCUUACAACACGCAACCAUCCCACUUUGAAGGAAGCCCCCUCAAGAAUGUCAUUGCUGCUCCGUCACCACUCGAUCUGAUGCCGAAACUUUCGCCAACAAUUAAAACACCCGGCAAUGCGGCCACUGCGGCUGAGGUGGGACCAUCAUCGGUAACCUCGGUUCAAGGUCUGACUGCCGAGCCUGUUCCUUCAGUCGAAGCAAGCGCUACACCAGAGGUUUCGGGACGGUUCAUGGAACAAACGACCAGCGUAGAAACAGAGGGUGAGGUGGACGCAGACAUGGUCGACGGUGUUCCAGCUGUGGUGGUAGAGCAAACUCAACAGACCACAUCACGAGUCAGCGAUGCCCGACAGCCGAGUUCGCUGCCAGUCGAGGAGACUCCGGGGGCGGCGCCUGUUGAUGUUGCGACCAUUGUUCAGACAGACGCGCCAGUCAUGUCUGUGGAGUCGACGGUGACCGAGGUCGUCGACGAGCCUCGGACGGAAGAAGUGGCGACAUUAGCUGCCGACCCCAUAGAUACACAAGUAGGAGCCGCUGGGGCACAAGCGACCGAAGAGCAGGAGCCGGACUCGCCCGACCUGUUCAGCGGGCUCGAGGCGGCUCUGAACCUACCGGGGCCGAGCAACGGCUCUACAACCGAGGCUCCGCCAAAGGUCAGGUCUGAAGCGUACUAG